AUGCCCGGCGCGACGCUGACGGACACGCGUCCAUCGAUGGACGGCUUGCUCCACGGCGUCGCCAGCGGCGGUGCUGGCGACCCUCCGGUGGCGAUUGCGACCUUCGAGGUUUCGCGAAAGACUCUCGCCGGUGCAGACGACCGCCGCGAUACGGCGAGUGAGAUCGCCGGAUCGCCGACGAUCACCGGCGGCGACGGCGCUUCACCAGAGAAUGAGGCGCGCUGUGAGUCGACGCCAGCAGCAGCGGGAAGACCCGCCGAUGCCGUUGCAGACGGCGAGGGGAUUGGCGGCUGGUGGGGCAGGCGAGCCGCGGAGAGCGGCGAGUCGGCGGGGAAGGAUUCGUGCAACGAUUCCGACGAUUCGGCGGCGAGCGACUGGAACGGCUGGCGAGCGGGGAAGGCGGCGACGGAUGGCGAGCACGUGCCGUAUGAUGGCAAAAAGGUGGGGACUGGUGGUGAAAAGGCGGCGACAGAUGGCGAAAAGGAAGGGAACGGUAGCGAAGAGAAGGCGGCAGAUGGCGAAAAGGAAGGGAACAGUGGCGAAAAGAAGGCGACAGAUGGCGAAAAGGUGGGGAAAGGUGGCGAAGUGGCGGCGACGGGAGGAGGUGCGGCGAGGCGACAGAGGAAGACGGCGGAGGCUGCUGCAGCCGCCAUGAAGCGGAAGGAGGAUCGCGAGCGUCGCAGAGAAUCAGCUGACCUCCUGGCGACGUCGCAACGACUUCUUCGCGAGAGCAGUGUGAAGUUCGCGCGGCCGCGGCUGGCCACCAUCUCGCUGGGCGGCUUCUUCACCUGCAUGCGCGCGCGCAUGGCGCUGCUGGAUGCGCGCAUGCCGCGGUGGGUCAUGGUGGAUGGGGGAUGGGUGGGGAAGGCGGCCUCAUUCUGGGUGUGCCAUGCUGUGCAAAUGUAUCUGACUGUGCUUUGCUGUGCUUUCAGCGGCCUCAUUCUGGCGGCCUCAUUCUGGGUGUGCCAUGCUGUGCAAAUGUAUCUGACUGUGCUUCAUGUGCGUUGUGUGUUCUGCGUGUCCCGAUUCCCUACCCUCGCCCUGCAUGCAUCGGACAGAGAAACGGAAGAGGAGGACGAGGAAGAUGAGAUGGAUGACGAGGACGAUGACGUGGACGGUGAGGAUGAUGACGUGGACGGUGAGGAUGAUGACGUGGACCGGGAGGAGGAGGAGGAAGAAUCGGGGGAGGAGGAAGAAAAGCCCAAGGCACGGACGAGCGAGCGAGGAGAAGGGGAGAAUGCCGGAGGCGCCACUGGCACUGCUGAUGCUGCUGCUGUGUCCAGUGGUCUGAUCGCCGAAAUGCUGCGCCGUUUCGCACAGGAGGAGGCGGAGGAGGGCGAGGAGGAGGAUGAUGAGCUCAUCGUGCUUGAAUGCUCCCCUCCUCCUGCUGCUGCUGCUGCUGCUGUUGCAGCUGCGACAGCAGGAGGGGUGGGAAUAGGCGGGGCAGCAGGAAGCUCAGCAGGAGGGGCAGCAGGAGCGGCAGCAGAAAAAGAUGCAGAUGAGAAGGGAACAACGGGAAAGGGGGAGGAGAAGGGAGAGGUGGAAGGCGCGUGUGCUGUGGAGCAAGGGGGCCAGGUAGGAAGGGAGGCGCAGAUGAAGCGUGGAGAAGACGAGGCUAGGGACGACGACAAGAUGAGGGCCACGUGGGAACAGGGUGGGGAGGGAGGGAAGCGAGAGAAGGGGGGAACGGAGGAGAAUUGGGACAAGGGAGAAAAGGGCAGUGCAACGAAGUGCCCGGGGAAGGGAUGUGGCACAGGCGAGGGCAGGGGCAGGGACGGGCCUGGGAGGAGCAGGGAGCGAGAGAAGGUGUGUGGGCGAGCGCAUGUGGGGAGUGCAGGGACGGCAUUGGACUCUAACGCUGGUGGUGCUAAGAGGGAGGCAGCUGCUGGGGUGUCCGCUGGGAGAGGGGCGGUGGAGGGAGAGAAUACAGGUGCGGCAGGGCGAGGGGAUGAAGGGGAGGAAGGGGAGGAAGGGGCAGGCAAGGCAGGGGUGGUGACAGCAGGGCAGAAACCAGAUGGGGGCGGUGAUGGGGGGAAACUGGGAGGUGCAGAGGGGGGGAAGCAGGGGUCGGCUGAUGGGGAAAAGCAGGGGGACGCAGAGGGGGGGAAGCAAGGGGGUGCAGCGGAGGGAAAGCAGGGGGGCGCAGCGGGGGGAAAGCAGGGGGGAGCAGUGAGGUGGUGGGUGGGGGCGCGCAAGGCAGCAGGAGUGGGGCCCAAGUCGCUCAGUCAGUGGGCGAAGGGGCGUGGGGGAGGGGCGGAUACGCAGGGGGGGAAGGUGGGAAGUGGAGGAGGGGGCGGAGGUGGUGGUGCUGCUGCUGGCGCUGGUGUUAAUAAUGCUGCUUCUGCUGAUGGAGUCGGUGUUGGUGUUGGUGCUGGUGCUGGUUCUGGUGCUGCUGCUGAUGCCGGUGGUGCUGCUGCUGCUACCACUGCUGCUGCUUCCGCUGACGAUGUUACAACUGGUGCUGCUGCUGCUUCUGGUGCUGCUGUUUCUGCUCGUGGUGCUAGUGCUGGUGCUGCUGGUGCUAGUGGUGGUGCUGGUGCUGCCGCUGGAGUCAAUGGUAAUCAGAGCGGGGGAACAGCCAAGGGAUUGUUUGGGCUGAGAGAAGCCGGGCGGAGAUUCAUUGAUGAUUCUGCUAUGGAGGAUGGGGGGGAGGAGGAGGAGGACGAGGAGAGGGAGGGAGGGAAUGAUGAGGAGGAGGAGGAUAGGGGUACAGCUUUGGGGGCAAAGGGGCGAGAUGCGAAUUGGGAUCGGAUGGAUAUAGAGGAUCUCGGAGAGGAUGACAGUGAUGGUAACGGAGCUGCUUGUAACGAGGACGAGGGACAGGGGGAGGUGGACAAGGGGGUGGGAGAUGAGGACGAGGGGGAAGAGGAGGAAGAGGAGGAAGAGGGAGAAGAGGGAGACGAGGGGGAAGAGGGGGAGGAAGAGGAGGAGGAAGGGUCAGAUGGUGCGUUGGAGAGAGCAGCACUGCACAGGCAGUGGGAGGAGGAGGAGGACGAGAGAGUGCAGGGGGCGGUGAUGGGCGGAGUGCAGGGGGGCUGGGCGCAUGUGCGCAUGGGCAGGCGGAACCAGGGCGGGGGGGAACGGGGGAGCAUGGGAGUGGGUCUGAUGGGGGAUGGGGAGGAGGAGGAAGAGGGAGAGGAGGAGGCGGAGGAGGAAACGGGGGAGAAUGAAGGGUUGAGGAAAGAGGGAGUGAGGAAGAGGAAGAGUGGAGAGAGUGGGAAGGGAGAGGGAGGGAAAGCGAAGGGGGCAGGUGGUGGGGAGUGGGGGUUACUGGCAAAGAAAGUGAGGAUGCUCAAAGAGAAGGCGGGGGGAGGAGGGACGAAGCAGGGUGGAGAGGGGAAGGGACUGGAGGAGGAUGGCCUAACUGAGAGUGCUCGUGGUGAUGCUGAUGCUGUUGGUGCGGGGAGGAAGAGCAGAGGCGAGGGAGAGGAGAUGGACGAUGAUUCUGCGAGUGACGAUGCUGAGAAUGGCAGCAGCAGCGACAUCGAUGGUAGCAACGGUGUUGGCAGUGGUGAUGGUGGUGAUGAGGGCGAUAAGAGCGAUGAGGAUGAUGAGGGUGAGGAGGAGGAUGGUGAUGAGGGCAAGAUGGCAUCGCAAGACCUGGCAGAGCACAUGCGAGCCAAGAGACGCGUAGAGGAGAUGGUGAGUGGGGGAAAGGCGGUGAGUGGGGCGGUGGUGAGUUGGGGGGAGGUUGGUCCUCUCACACACAUCCUCUCCCUUGCUCUCCUCUUCCCCCACCUUCCCCCCACCCUGGCAGCACCACAAGGAGGUGCGGGACACGUCCCUUGGCUCCCUCUCAAUUCUCCGCUCUCCAAACCUUUCUCUCUGCCCCCCCUUCCGUCAGCAUCUCAGGGAGCAUCACAGGGAGGUGAGGGACACAGUGCUGGGGCAGUGGAAGCAGCACUCCCACCGCAACAUCACAGUCGUCAGAGGGGCCGCACCACCUGCCUUGCACUCACCUUUCACUUCAUUACAGUCACGCGGCCCUCCCUUACAGUCCCACGGUUCUCCUUUACAGACACAUGCCCCCCGCUUGCAAGCACACCGACCGUCAGUCAACACCUCUUACAGCCAUUUCAACCGCACUGCACCUGCACCAGUUCCAGCCUCCCAGUGGAGCGGUGCCGGCCAUUCCAUUCCCGUGAGUCCUCUGCUCUCUGCCCAUUCCUCCCCUCUCUGCCUGUUUCUUCAUUGUCUCUUCCAUUCUGCCCCUCUUAG